ACUUUAAAAAAAAAGGUAUAAUGUUUUACAAGCAAUGCUUGUCGUCAAAGCUAUGAUGGCAUAUCCACCAUAGCAAACCCCAUUUUGCUUCCCCCUUUUUGCUUGGUAUCUUUCUCUCUCUCUCUCUCUCUAAGUGCUGCUUUUUAUUCUCACCACCAAUCACUCUAAUUGCACUUCGACACCCUCUUCCUCUCUUUCAAUAACUAUAGCUAGUACUUUAGCUUCAUCGCUUUCACACUUCGAUAUUUCCAUAUGAAGGCUUCCAUGGGUCAAUCUCAACUCUUCCCUUCUUUGAAGUCUUUCUGCAACAAAGUAGGAGGCAUGUGCUGCCAUUGUGGUAGACCUAACAAAUAUAUGUGGUUGGAUGCAAAGCUUGAGGGAAAACUGAUCGAAGUCAAGAGAAGUUCGGGAGGGCAUAGCAAUUUCAAGUCAAUCAACAGCAUUAUUAUGAGGUUCCCUCAGUUUAAAGAGGAAUUGAAAAAUAUAAGAGGUGUUUUUGAUCAGUAUGAUGAGGAUUCUAAUGGAAGUAUUGACCUUGACGAACUGAAAAAAUGCAUAAAGAAACUUCAACUACAUUUCUCAGAUGCGGAAAUUCAUGAUCUCUUUCAUUCUUGUGACUUGGAUGAAAGUCAAGGGAUACAAUUCAAUGAAUUUAUUGUUCUUUUAUGCCUUAUCUAUCUCCUAAAGGAGCCUUCAUCGUCUGAUACUGUAUUCACAACGUCAACAAUGGGUUCGUCAGAGCUUGAGGCAACUUUUGAUACCAUAAUUGAAGUGUUUCUCUUUCUGGACAAAAGUGGUAGUGGAAAACUGAACCAGAAUGACAUGAUCAAAGCAUUGAAUGAGGCUUCUCCUACCGAAAGAUCCCCCGCACGAAUCACAAGGACCCGAUUCAGAGAAAUGGAUUGGGACAAGAAUGGAAAGAUAAGUUUCAGAGAAUUCCUCUUUGCAUUCAUCCAUUGGGUUGGAAUUGACACAGAUGAAGAAAUACCGCUUACAGAAGGUUACUAAAAUAAUGGACAGCAUAUAUGAAAGUGGAAUGACGGUUCCAAGUGACGCCAGCUUAAUAUGUGUGUAUAUAUAUCUGAAACUUUCAUGCAAAAAUAUACUUUUAGCCGUUGUUCAUGUUUAGCUCAUUUAUCUUUUUCUCUUUUUCCCAAAUGAGUUCUGAACUAUUUUGUGAACCAUAGUGAAUUUUUCUUUUUAUAAUAUUAUCUUCUUUUUUUUAA